AUGACUAGAAAUAUCGAAAAGGAGCCAUUGUUGCUGAUUGAUAAGAGGGAUAUUGUAUCUCAGAGCGAGUUUUCAACUACAUGUCCAUCAUUUACACUGCUCUUAUCUAAGUCGUUCAUGAGGUUUCCACAAUUAACCAAAAUGAGUCUGAUGACAACAGAAGAGAUCGACAGUGAGAGUGAUUCAGAUGAUGAUACAAAUCUACCAGAUUUGCCGUAUGUUGCAAAUCCAGUUCUGUUGGGUGGAUCGAUUAUGUCCGCUGGUGAAAAACUACGUCAAUUGAGAAUAUUGAUGAAGGAACAUGGAAUUGGGGUUUAUAUUAUCCCAUCAGAAGAUGAGCAUCAAUCAGAGUAUACUGCGGAAGCAGACAUGAGAAGGCAGUAUAUAUCUGGGUUUACAGGGAGCGCAGGGUUAUGUGUCGUGACACUUGAUGAUGAUAAGAAUCUCACUGGAAAAGCGGCAUUAUCUACAGAUGGAAGGUAUUUUUUGCAGGCGGAGAAACAACUAGAUCUUAAGCAUUGGACGUUGCUAAAACAGGGAAUUGCGUCAUAUCCUACAUGGAAGCAGUUUGCUAUCCGAGAAGCUAUCGGAAAUAAAUUUAGUAAUGUUAUCUCGUGUGACCCUAGACUUAUCAGUGUUUCGGUUGGAGAAUAUUUUGAAAGAAUUCGGGUAUUACAGUAUGAAAAUAAAUUCAAUUUUAGUUUACUUCUGGAGGUAAACUUGGUUGAUGUUGUGUGGGGCAAGGAUAAGCCUACGCGGUCGUUGGAUCCAAUAUAUGUGCUUCCAUUACAGUAUUCAGGUGAAAGUACCGAGAAUAAACUAAAUAAUAUACGCAAGAUCUUGCAGUCUAAAAAGAGUACUCAUCUCGUAAUAUCUGCAUUAGAUGAAGUUGCAUGGCUAUUUAACCUAAGGGCGGAUUCGGAUAUUCCCUUCUCACCAGUGUUCUUCAGUUAUGCUUUAGUCACCUUGGAAUCGGUUAUUUUGUAUAUCGACAAGACAAAAAUUGAUAAUGGCGCUGUUGAACUUCAUCUGCACUUGGCACAUAUCAAAGGUUUAACUAUCAAAUCAUAUAAUGAUUUCUAUUCAGAUUUAUCUCAAUUGAAAUCAACAACGUCUCAAAGCGAUUUACUGAUUGUUUUACCAGAAAGAGCAGCUACAAAUUAUGCCUUAUAUUCCUACAUACCUCAAUCAUUUGCGAAACAGUCUGUAAAGUUUGAUUCAAUCAUUUCGAACCUAAAGCUAACAAAAAAUAAAUCAGAAUUGUUUAAUGCUAAAAUUGCUCAGUUCAAAGAUUCUCUUGCUUUUAUUUUAUUAAUCUCAUGGUUAAAACACCAAAUUAUUGACAAGCACCGUGCAAUAUCUGAAUAUGAUGCAGCAUGCAAAAUAUAUUGCAUAAGAUCAAAGCUUCCAAAUUUCAAGGGCUUAUCAUAUGAAACCAUAUCUUCAUCUGGCCCCAAUGCAGCGAUUAUACAUUAUGCACCAACGAAAGAAGAUAAUUCUAUAAUUGAUCCAUCCCAAGUAUACUUGUUGGAUUCAGGAGCUCAUUAUUUGGAGGGAACAACAGACAUUACAAGGACAUUUCUAUUUGGAAAUCCAAAGGACAAGAAUUUAGAAGAGUAUAAGAAGUAUUAUACUUUAGUUUUAAAAGGGCAUUUGGCAGUUGCAAUGGCAAAAUUUCCACCCAAUUCCAGUAGCACUGGCACUAUAUUGGAUGCCUAUUCUAGGCAACCUCUCUGGAAUGAAGGAUUAGAUUUUAACCAUGGUACAGGGCAUGGUGUUGGAAGUUUUGGUAAUGUACACGAGGGUCCUUUAUAUAUCCUGACAACUGCAGGCGGUGCUAAUAAUCUGGAUAUAUUUAAAAAAGGAGCUAUACUAACAGAUGAGCCGGGCUAUUAUGUUGAUGGGGAAUGUGGAUUUAGAAUUGAAAGUGAAUUAGAAAUAAUUGAAUCCAGUGAAAGAUUUGGGAAAACUAGAAACGGUGACAGUUUCUUAUGCUUCGGAUAUUUAACCAAGGUACCAUUCUGUCGAAAGUUAAUUUCUACAAAGCACUUAAGCUCUUCCGAAGUAAGCUGGAUAAAUGAAUAUCAUAAGAGUGUAAGAGAGGACUUUUGUAAUAAAUUAUUAGAAAUUGGUAACAAAAGGGCCUAUAAUUGGUUAUUAAAUGAAACAAAACCUUUAUAA